CCGAAAUCAAUGAACCACUCUGUAUAUUCUCUGAGAAAAACAAAAGAAACCGUCACCAUUACAUUUUAUUUGCUAAUAGAAUAACCAAAUUUGUUCAUCCGCAUCCUUGCUCUAUUAUAAUAAAAAAGAAAAACACAAGCCAUGCCUUACAAGAGCAAUAUGCUUUUAUUGUUAGCAAAUAUUGUUUUAAUAUUCUGUUUGCAUCUGAAUUGCGUGUGCUAAUUGGCAUCCAAUAGUCUGUGACAAAAUUUCGACUUUAGUUCGUUGAUAUAUGCGAUUGGUGAUUUUUCACGAGUGAAUUUUUUGACCGAAGAACCAAAUAAAAUGAGUUUCAAGCGGUCAAAUCUGCCCGUCGGUCAAUUAUACGACUCAAGGUAUUCGCCAGUACAGACCAGGUAUAACUAUACAGUAUCGAUAGAGAAGAUACAUUCACAGUUGAAGAGGAAGAAACUAGAAGAAUUGAAAAAACUAAAGGAGGAAGAGAAGAAGCGGCAAAAAGAACUGGAAAUAUACCAAGGAAAAUGCACUCGUCGUUUGUGGAAUGUAUGGCACAAAACAUUUGGGAAACUCGGGGAAGACUGGGUAUUUCUUGCAUUCUUAGGAAUCGCCGUAGCCGUCAUAAGUUAUACCAUAGACAAAGGAAUCAUGAUGUGCAACAAAGGGCAGAUGUGGCUGUACAACGAUUUUGCACAAGGAUUAAUUUCCAAGUGGGUGGCUUGGGUUUGCUUACCCUUGUGCCUUGUUCUGUGGGAUGUCGGACUGACCCAUCUCUUAGCCCCACAAGCAGCAGGUUCCGGCAUACCCCAGCUGAAAACCAGCCUGCGCGGCGUUUUCAUGAAAGAGGUCCUCACCUUCAAAGUCCUUCUGGCCAAAUGGCUGGGCAUCACGGCUACGAUAGGCAGCGGUAUGCCCUUGGGCAAGGAAGGGCCUCUCAUCCACAUGUCCAGCAUCAUCGUCACCAAGAUGAGCAAGCUGAUGUCCAACUUCAACAAGGUUUAUGUGAAUGAGAGCAAGAAGAUCGAGAUGCUGGGAGCCGCUUGGGCGGUGGGAGUGGCAUGUACCUUCAAUGCGCCCAUAGGAGGAGUACUUUUCAGCGUUGAAAUUACCACAGCAUACUAUGCGGUCAGAAACUACUGGCGAGGUUUCUUUGCUGCUGUGUGGGGAGCCACAACUUACCGACUCCUUUUGGUGUGGAUAGAUGGAGUCGAGACGAUAACUGUCAUUUUCAAAACGAAUUUCUUCGUGGAGUUCCCGUACGAUCCGUUGGAGCUGAUUUCCUUCGCCAUUUUGGGAUUGAUCUGUGGCUUAGGAGGAUCCUUUUACAUAAGCUGCAAGCAGCUGUAUGACCGUUGGGCGAAUAGUAACAAGGUGUUGAUGAGUAUCAAGAAAUCAAAUCGGUUCAUUUACCCCAUCUUCGUCAUCCUCCUGAUCUCGACGGUCACGUGGCCUCCUGGCAUCGGCCAAUUCAUGGCCUCCGAGAUAGCAGCAGGGCCACAGGUGGUGAACCUAUUCAGCAAUUUCACGUGGACCAAAGACAACUUGACAGUGAACCAACGAGAAGUGGUAUCCCAUUGGACCACCGAACACACGUCCAUCUACAUCAAUUUAGCUGUUUACGUCUGGUACCAGUUCGUUUUCUCCAUAAUAGCGUCGUCACUGCCGAUUCCGAAUGGGAGUUUCAUCCCCAACUUCAGAGCCGGAGCUGCAUUAGGGAGGAUUGUCGGGGAGGCCUUGUAUAUGUGGUUCCCUCUAGGAAUCCGUAACAAUAGCAAAUUGGCUCAGAUAAUGCCAGGUGCUUACGCAACAGUUGGAGCGGCAGCAUUCGCAGGUGCUGUCACCCACACCAUGUCGGUAUGCGUCAUCCUUUUCGAGAUGACGUCAUCCAUCACGCACGUCAUACCGGUUCUGAUAGCGGUUCUCAUAGCCAACGGGGUGGCCAGGUUUCUCACUCCAAGCAUCUACGAUUUGGUGAUUUUUUCGAAGAAGUUGCCCUAUCUGCCGGAUUUGUUACCCAAUACGAGUGCCAUCUACGAUGUGUACGCUGAGGACUUCAUGAUCACCGACAUGAAGUUCCUACACCUUGGCAUGACCCAUCGGCAGCUCAAAGACCUGCUGAUGGCCCACAAGAAGAUCAACGUUUUCCCGCUGGUUGACCGCGCGGGAACAAUGACUUUGUUGGGAUCGGUGACCAGGCAAGAGUUGAUUCUGUUGCUGGACAUACGGAUCGGUGCGGUGAAAAGACGGCAGUUUUUGCCUAGUCCGAGGAUCGACAGGAACACCGACUCAUUGGAAAAUGUGGAGUUUAUACAUUCGUUGAGAAAAAGGUCCCACGUUACGAAUCAAAUAGACGAUCUCAGUGAUUCUGAGAAAGAGGAAGACACUAAAAACGGGAUGGCCAAUGCAGAAACUAAGAAGGAAGCAACAAAGGAGAAUACCAGUGAGGAUAGACGUGACGAGAUAAUGAAGAGAUGGAAGCCAGUGAAACGAAAACAAUUGCCCCCUCUAGCCAUACCAAAAUCGCCAUUGCCAGAUAGGAAGUGCGCUGCAUCUAUGUCCCAUCUCGAAAUUCCUAGCUUACGCGUCUGCGACCUUUCUAUUGGUGAGCAGCAAGCCUGGGAAGAAGAACAACUGAAGCUCGAAGUCGAUUUUACGGCGAGUCGCAUAGACCCCGCCCCAUUCCAACUGGUGGAAAAAACAUCUCUAUUGAAGGUCCAUUCGCUGUUCUCCCUGUUAGCCAUCAACUUCGCCUACGUCACCUCCAUCGGCCAAUUGGUCGGCAUCGUGGGACUGCGGGAGCUGAGAAGAGCAAUCGAGGACACAAACAGCGGAAACCCGCCUAAAAGAAGCGAAAAACCGGCGGUUAGGACCCCAGGGAUUAGGACUCCAGAGAUUAGAACUCCGGAGAUUAGGACUCCUGAGAUAAGGACUUCGGAGAUUAGGACUCCCGAAAUUAGGACUCCGGAGAUUGCGAUAGAUGUUAGCCCUGCGGAUGCGGGGAGUAUGCCUAUGGAAGUAAUCAGAUAUAUUGAUGAGUGAUGUAGCUACAGGGUGUGCUAUCAUGUUACAACGUUACUUUAUAACUUUCCUGUCGAAAAAGUGAUACAAAAUUAGUAAGCUUAGAUCUAUAUUCUCUUUGAAGGCGCAUGCUGUAAAUGUGACAUAGACAAACAAUAUGAUGUGGAAAACAAUACGAAAUUGUGCGAAUGUCAUUGUUUUUCAAGGCCAAUCGAAAAAUGCCAUGUUUUAUCAAUGUAGAAUUAGUUCGAACUAGUGUUAAAACUACUGAAUCAUCAGCUAUGAAGAACAGAGAUAUCAGUUCAAUGUAUUUCAUUUUAUACCGGGUUGAUCAUUUGCCAAGACGUGCAGUUGUUUUUUAUGUUAGACUUUUGACAUUUGUACUCAUAUUCUUCGUUAAAAACCAAUUGGAUAUUACUUCUGGUUUUACCAGGAAUAGUCCUGGUUCGAGAAUUUUGAAAAAACCCAGCAGAUAUUUUCACGCAAUUUGAUAGAGCGAAAUAUUCCCUUCCCCAUGACAUAUCACUAUCAUAUUAUGUUCAUAAAAUGGCAGCGCCAGAGAUAGUUUUUCUUAAAUAAUUAUGGCGACACGGUGACGUCAUCGAUAGAUGAAUGUUUCAUCAAACAUUCGAAAAUUUUGAAAUCAUCUGAUUCUCUUAUAUAACAUUCUUUGUUGAAUUUUCAAAAUUUCAAAAAGGAAUGAUUUUCAAAUCAAAAAGUAUGAGUCAGUAUCUAUAAAGGGUGAUCCACGGUGA